AGCAGCGGUAUUUCCUUGCUCACACAAACACAACUGCGAAGGGGCGUCUCAACUCCCGGACACCGUCGCGCCGCACACACGUGUGAGAGGCAUCGCUCUUCAUCACCGUCAACAACUCAAAAAAGGACUGCUCUUAUUCUGUGUAUUCUUGGAAGCUCACAUAUACGCCACACACCGAGCACAUUCAGGCACUCUCUGAAAUACAAGUACAUCAAGUCGCUUUGGCCUGCCUUUACUCCCCUAGAAAGUGUUGAUGCGUUGAUUAUCUCCCUCAUUUUCCUUUUUUUUUGAUUCUUAGAUAUUGGACUCGUUCAAAUGGACUUAGACGCCGACAUCGACCGCUGGCGCAAUCAAAGCCGUCGGAACAGCUACGACUCGUACUACCGACGUCCCAGCCGGGACGCGUACAGUGCGAACUACGAUCCACCCUCGAAGUCGUACUUCAAUGGCGACCUCCCUUCACGAGCGUCGCACCGGCGAGCCCCACCACCACCGCCGCCUCCGCCUCCUCCGCCGCCGCCGCCUCCGAUUCCGUCCGAGUCAAGUCAAGACGUGGAAAGUGUCAAAAAGCGGCCGAAGCGUGCGGCCUCGAAGCACCACCCUGUCAGACGGCGCGGGCGAUCAGCGGCUUCAUUUUCGGCCUCUUCCUCACCGUCUCGUAGCUCGACGAGCAGCAGCAGCAGCAGCAGCGGCGACGACGACGGCGCGUCCACAGCGGACACGUCCUCCCGCUCCGGCACCAACAGCUCCACCAGCGAGACCACCACCACCACCACCUCUCCUUCUUCCUCCGCCUCCUCAGACACGGACAGCCACACCAGCACAGUCUCCUCCUCUCACCACCGCAGUCACCGCCACGCCGCACGGCAACACAAACGCAAGCCGUCGCUUCCAAAGAGCCUACAGACGGCGCUGGUGCGCGUGGCGCAGCGACCCGGCAGCGCAGCGCAGGACGAGGAAAUCGCCGCCGCCGCUGCCUGUCGCGCCAUUUUAGAGAAGGAAACCGAGUUGAAGGAGAAGGAACUGCAGCUGCUGCGGCAGAAGAAAAGCUUCGCGGCGGAGGUGCAGCGCCGCUCCUCGUUGCCACACCGCUUCACCACCGAGGACGAGGCCCUCCGCCAGAUGCAGCGCCUCGUCGACCUACAGGACACGUACCCGUCACUGGAGGACUACCUCACACGCACCGCCUCCGCAACGAAGGCCAUCGCUGGUCCUCCACCACCCGUCGUCGCCGAGAAGAAUGCGCCGACCGAUGCGGGGGCCCUGGCGUACCUGCGCUCCUACAGCCCAGCGGAGGAGAACGCAUCGACGCCGUCCGCCAGUCGCGUGUGCAACGCACCUAGUAAGCCGCCCGCGGCGAUGUCUACUGCGAAUGAAAAAAGUCCCCCAUGCACCACCUCUGCUCUCAGCAGCGGCCCCUCCUUAGAGCGCUUCCCCGCUAGAGACGAUCACCAGCGGAUGCUAUCAUUAGCCGACACGCCCACGCAGCACACGGACGCCACGUCGCAUAUCGAUGCGCUGGAAGCGACGGUGGAGAAGAGGAGGGAGGAAGACGACGCCGCGCCGGCGCUGACCAUCGAGGCUGACACCACAGAAGAGAAACGAGCUCCUCCGCCGACGGCGCCAACGACCUCUGCGCCGGCGCAGGAACCGCCGCAGCACAACGCCGUCGGAGAAACAAGUCUGUCCGCAGCGGAGAAGAGUGCGCCGGCGGAGGAGCACCACCCACCCAACGCCUUCAGUAGCAGUGGUGGCGGUGAGCACAUCAUUCGCAUUGAGUUCCCGCGACGCCGGGUGAAGGUCAAGGUGCAUCGGCGACGCAGUCAACCGCGCAAUCACGCUCUUACCGCCCACUCCGACUCAGACGAAGAUGAAGCGGACGACGAUGAGGAAAAGAAAGAAGACAGCCGCCACGCUACACCGAUCAAAAGCCAGCGCAGCCCAAGAAAGGCUACGCCUGCGCCAUCUCAGGAGCGGCGCAGCAGCAGCACACCGUCCCAUGCCAACUCCGUCUCUCGCCCGUCGGUGCUGCUGCCGCCACCGGUGGAGGACGCGCCACCGCGGCAGCUCCUGCCGCCACCGCCAACGCCGGCCACUCACCGACAGGAGUUCGCCGUGGCCCCUCUUCAGCAGUUUAACCCACGCAGCGCAGGACAGCAGCAGCAGCCGUGGGCGACCGCGAACUGGCCGUGUGGCGCAGGCCGUUCGGGCAGCAGCGGCGGCGGCGUCGCCCCUGUCGAAAGCCAAAAAAUGAAGGACGGACCGCCUGCCGCGUGGUACGCCUCGAACAGCGUGGUGCCGCUCUCGCAGCACGAGUUCAAGACGCUGCUGUGCUCGGAGUACCGACCACCGGAGACGACCUACGCGGUGUCCCCACCAGCGGAGGCGACAGACCGGCAGUCACCGGCAGCCGGGGCAGCCCUGCCGCUUCCCUCCGGCACCGUCACGCCGGGUCGGCCACGAACUGGGCGGGAGCUCUACGAGCCCUACGACGACGAUGCGGAAGACAACAAUAACCGGCGUGUGUCGCCGCGACGACGCUCCGUGCAGGUGCUCGACCCUGCGGAGGAGGCCGCCGGGGAGGAGGAGCGGGGAAAAGGGCUUCGACCAGAGAAAGCGAAGGACAAAGCGAAGGACAAAGGGAAGGCGAAGGAGCGCGGAAAGCCACGCGGCGGCAAGGCGGCGACACCCCCAGAAGAAGAAGAAAUGGACACUGGCCGUUUCGUGGAAGCGGAAGGCGAGGCGCAGGUGCCGUCUCCACCGUUGCCACCACCGGCGCCUGUCUACGCAGAGGACGGCGAGUCCGUGGUCGAGUUCCCGCCGCCGCCGCACCUGAUGGCCAGCGACAUGCCGCCCCCAGGCGACGUGGGCAGCGACGGCGAUGUCAGCUGCUGCGGCUGUGAGGGCUGCGAUGGCUGCUGUGACUGCUGGGGCCGCCUGUUCAGCUGCCUCUUCCCCUGCUGCGUCGGACCGCAAAAACAGAAGAAAACGAAAAAGAGCACGAAGCACCCGAAGCAGACGGCCGCAACGCAGCCAGACCCACAGCGACCCUUAGCGUUCCAACGACCUCAGCCCACUCCUCCAAACCACUGGAGCGAUCCCACGCCGGUGCGUCAGCAGGAGCCUUUUAAUAGAUAUGCAGCCCAGUACUACCCCGAUCCCUCAGCUGGUCCUCCGCCGCCGCAAGCUCCACUGCAAGGUCCGCCCAUAGCACAGGUUCAAGGCUCGCAGCUGGUGCAGCCCGCCCCAUCACCAACUCCAACGCAAACCCUCGUCAACACAAAUGCUACCACCCCACCGCCUCCGUCUCUGUCUCAGCCGCAGCCGCAAACGGAAAGAGAGGCUGUGAGGUUCCAGUCAGGCGGUGCUGGCAACAUCGUCCCCGGCAACCCCGCAACCGUAAACGGGGCGUGA